AGGGAGGAGUAGGCAGAGUGAUUUAUUCACCCACCAUGAGAGCUGGCCUUCUAUUUAAUGGAGGGUCUCUCUGGCCAGGAGUCAGAGGCGCUUCUGAGACCAGUAGGAGCAUGGCUGAGGAUCUGGGGCUGGGCUUUGGGGAAACAGCCAGCGUGGAAAUGUUGCCAGAAGACGGCAGCUGCAGGCCCAAGACCAGGAGCAACAGCAUGCGCUGGGCUCUCACCUGCUGCCUGGUGUCGCUCCCCUUCCUGGCAGGACUCACCACCUACCUGCUUGUUGGCCAGCUCCGGGCCCAAGGAGAGGCCUGUGUGCAGUUCCAGGCUCUAAAAGGACAAGAGUCUGGACCUUCACAUCAGCGAUCUUACACACCUCUCAGAAUUGAUGGAGAUAAACCAAGGGCACACCUGACAGUUGUGAAACAAACUUCCACACAGCACUUAAAAAAUCAGUUCCCAGCUCUGCACUGGGAACAUGAACUGGGCCUGGCAUUCACCAAGAACCGGAUGAACUACACCAAUAAAUUCUUGGUGAUCCCAGAGUCGGGAGACUACUUUGUUUACUCCCAGGUCACUUUCCGAGGGGCCACCUCCAACUGUGGUGAAAUCAGCCAAGGGAGCCGACUGAACAAGCCAGACUCCAUCACUGUGGUCAUCACCAAGGUAACAGACAGCUACCCCGAGCCGACUCAACUCCUCAUGGGAACCAAGUCAGUGUGUGAAGUAGGUAGCAACUGGUUCCAGCCUAUCUACCUAGCGGCUAUGUUCUCCUUGCAUGAAGGGGACAAGCUGAUGGUGAACGUCAGUGAUAUCUCCUUGGUGGAUUACACAAAAGAAGAUAAAACUUUCUUUGGAGCUUUCUUGCUAUAGGGACAAAGCAGAUAUCAUUAUGUGAAGGUUCUCUGCCACCUAGUUCCUAAUUUUCUUCAUUUGUAUGUAAUUAUAACCCAGGGUUUUCUUGGGACCAAGGGCAGGGGGCAUUUCACAGAGACA